AUGAAUCGUUCUCCGAAUGCGAUGGCGACGUUGACUGAACCUGAAGAGAAUGCAUCAGAAGAUAUGUAUGUUGAUUAUGAAGAAAAGUGUGAAGAUCGUGAUGAAGAUGGUUUUGAAACUGGUGAUGAUAGCUCGGAAGGUGAAGAAGAUGAUUUUUCAGGUGGUGAAGAUAGUUUUGAAGAUGAUGAAGAUGAUUCUGCCGGUAGUGACAAUGAUUCUCAACAAGAUUCUGAUAGCGAUGGAAAUGAAUCUACAUAUGAUUCUGAAAAUGAUUUUGAAGAUGAUUAUGAAGAUAAAAAUAGUCCAUCAUCAUCUACUCAAUCAGUAUUUCGCUCUUCGUGGACUUCAGAUUUUCAUCGUUCUUCCGCACAACAAUUUCAUCCAUCAAAAAAGCGUUCUGAUGUUGUACCAACAUCGCCUCUUCAAACGUUUAGAAGAGUAUUUUGUGAUAGAGUGCUCAAUCUCAUUUUGGAGCAAACAAACAUUUAUGGAAAGCAAAAAUAUCAAAAAGCGGGAAGUAUGAAGGAUUUGAUUGAUAUUACAAAAGUUCAAUUAGAACAGUUUCUUGGUAUCAACAUCAUUAUGGGAUAUUGCAGAAACCCUUCAAUUGAUUCUUACUGGUCCACAAACGCUUCACUUCGAAAUGAAAAAAUUUCAACAUCAAUGUCGUGUAAGAAUUUCAAAAGAAUUUUGGGAAAUUUACAUCUAGUGGACAAUUCUCAAGCAACAAAACGGAAAGAAUGCGACAAACUAUACAAAGUAGCCGAUUUUCUCAACUUAUUGUUACAAAAUUUCCAAACACAUUUUGAUUUGGGAGAAAAACUAACAAUUGAUGAGAUGAUGAUAAAAUUCAAGGGCAGGUGUGCAUUUAAACAAUAUAUAAAAGACAAACCAGUUAAGCGUGGAUAUAAAGUUUGGGCGCUUGCUGAUGCAUCAACCGGUUAUAUCUAUAAUUUUGAGAUUUAUACCGGCAAAUCUGCAGAAAGGCAAAUGCCUUUAGGUGAACAUGUUGUUUGGUCGUUGACUAGAGGACUUUCAAGAAAAUUUCAUCAUGUUUAUUUCGACAAUUUUUUCACAUCACCAUCCCUUGUUGAACGGCUUUUGCAUGAUGGAAUAUACAGCACUGGUACUCUUAGAAAAACGAGGAAAGGUGUGCCGGUUGAAAUUACUCGUGAUUUCAAAAUGAACCGUGGUGAUGUCCGAUUUUUAGCAAAAGGUCCUAUUUCAGUGGUUAGGUGGAUGGAUCGAAAGUCGAUUUACAUGUUGUCCAGUUUCGGUGAUCCAACAAAGACAACAAAAAUUACGCGUAAAGUAAAAAAUGGGCAAGUGAUUCAUUUAGAUUGUCCAGUAUUGAUCCAGGACUACAAUUAUGGAAAGAAAAUCAAACAGAAGUUGGAUUCGAAUAUUUUUCUUUUUCCUCAAUGUUGCAUUAUCAAACGCUUUUGUCAUCUAUCACCAAGACCAUUCACAUGA